CUAUGAUCAAAAAGACUUGGGUACGAGUCGAGUACAGUCGACUACUAAAGUUGAUCGUAGUUCUUUUGCUUUUUCGUUCACGUCGCAGAUGAUUUGAUUGUCUUGGGAAUUUGUGGCAUAGAGCGAAGAUGAAAGCUGUAUAAUCCUUGUGGAGUACUAGUACAUCAGUUACAGUUUGUCGCUUGCUUGUCGCCGUGUGCGGUGGUGCAGGUCAAGUAGUGUUUGUUUGUUACUUUUUCCACCAGUAGGACAAUUACUAGCUGGCCGUCUUGGACGACUAAAAUGGCACACAUUAGGUUUUGGGCGUUGGCCUUCAUUGCCUUGAGCAUUUCUGCCACAUGCUCGGGAUUCAGUCUGCCAUGCGAUAUGUGUGAAGGCGUGUUAAAAUUAAUUCACGAAGGAGGCGAGCACAAUUCCAGCGAGAAAUUUGUUGUGGAUGCAGUUGAGGUGAUAUGCGUCUUGUCGGGGCUAUCAACGCACCGGAUAUGCCGUGCUGGUGUCGAGGAGUUCUACCCGUCUCUCAGAGCUGUCAUGCGCCGUACUCGUCUGGACAGCAAGGCGAUUUGCUCGGAAAUCCUUGACAAGUCGUGCGGUAGCACAUUCACAUCGAACUGGACUGUGAAUAUCCCUCCGGGUCGAACAGCGUACGUUCCUCCUCAGUUACCCAAAACAGGCUCGCCAGUUGUGCGCGUCCUACAUUUAGCUGAUCCACACAUUGAUCAUCACUAUGCUCCAGGUUCUGCUGUAGAUUGUGGUGAGCCCCAGUGCUGCCGUGCGUGGCUCGGCAAGGGAAACGCCGGCAAGUGGGGAGAGCCGGAAUGCGACGUGCCGCAAGCUCUUGUUGAGAAUAUGCUGCAGCACAUAAAUCGAGCAGACAAGUUUGACUACACAAUCUGGACAGGUGACAUUCCUCCCCAUGACGUAUGGAAUCAGACCAAAGACGGCCAAAUAUCGAUGAUUGUGUCGAUAACCAAGCUAAUCCAGCAGUACCUGCCGGAUAGGCCAGUCUAUCCGGCUGUGGGUAACCAUGAAAGUGUGCCUGUCAAUGUGUUUGCCCCCGAGUCGGAGAAAGGAGAGUUCUCGUCACAGUGGUUAUACAAUACCCUUGCCGAGACCUGGAAGGACUGGCUCCCGGCAAGCGCACUGGACACCGUUCGCCACGGUGGCUUCUACUCACUGCUGCACUCCGCAGACCUGCGGAUCAUUUCAAUGAACUUCAACUUCUGUGGGGUUCUGAAUUUCUGGUUAUACGUGGAGGAUCGAGACCCGUACGGUCAGUUAGAGUGGCUGGUUGGCGAGCUGGAACAAGCGGAGAAACGUGGAGAGAAAGUGCACAUCAUCGGUCACAUUCCACCGGGUGGCUUUAGCUGCAUGAGAAGCUGGAGCAAGGUGUACAACUUGAUUAUCCGCCGUUUCCAGAACACAGUGAAAGCACAGUUCUAUGGUCACACGCACAAGGAUGAGAUGGAAGUAUUCUUCACCGAGGACGAUCCCAAGAUAGCCCAGCCCAAUAGCAUUGCGUACAUUGCCCCGAGUGUGACUACGUACACCGGCCACUUCCCAACGUAUCGUAUUUAUGACGUUGAUGGCGGCUAUGCCAAUAGUAGCUGGACAGUGCUUGACCAUCACAACUACAUGUGUAACCUGACGGAGGCCAACAUAUCCAACGAGCCCAAAUGGGAACUGGAGUACAGUGCCCGCGAGGCGUACGGUAUGAAGUCGGUGUUCCCGCGCGACUGGCUUGAGUUUGCCAGGCGACUGACUUUGGACGAUGAUCUAUUCAGCCUGUACGUCAAACACUAUACGCAUGGUCCAAAGCCAAUUCCCUGUGACUCCAAGUGCAGACAGAAGUUUAUAUGCAAAAUUCUAACGUCUUCAUACGGCGACUAUAGCCACUGUUUCAUUUGAAGUUGUUCAAACCUCCCU